UUUAAAACUAUUAGUAUUAUUAACUUUUGCUACUAGUGUGUUUACUUAGUCAGGAGCCUAUGCAUAAGGUUUAGUAUGAUUUUAGUUAAUUUUUCAGAUUUAUCUAGAUCUAUAGUCUAUGGGGCUGGGUUAAAAAUUAGUCACGCCUUUUCUUCGCAGCAAAAACUGCCAAAAACAAAGACACGAGUAUGGCAAGUGACAAGUGGACUUUGAAGCUAAACACAGGAAAAGUAGUACCCGCUUUUGGAUUGGGUACGUGGCAGUCAGAGAAAGGGGCUGUUGGUCAAGCAGUUGAUAUUGCUGUCAGGAAUGGCUAUCGUUCCAUUGACUGUGCUUGGCUUUAUCGCAAUGAAGAUGAGAUUGGAGCUACCCUGGAGACCUUGUUCAAGGAGGGUGUCGUUAAGAGAGAGGACCUCUUCAUGACAUCAAAACUAUCUUCGACCCAUCAUAAUCCUGAAGAUGUUGAGGAGUGUUGUCGUGAUACACUCAAGAAUCUCAAAUUUGACUAUCUUGAUCUUUACCUGGUACACUCUCCUGCUGCUUUUAAGAAAGAUGCAAUGCAUUCAUUUCCAAAUGUGACCGAGGACCACAAGUUAGGAUAUGAUUCAGACCGCAUGGCCAAAACUUGGGAGGCAAUGGAGAGUUUGGUUAGUAAAGGUCUUGUGAAGGCAAUUGGAAUAUCAAACUUUACAAUCACAAAAACAGAAAAACUCCUUGAGACAGCAAAGAUAGUCCCUGCAGUUAAUCAAGUUGAAUGCCAUCCUUACUUCCAGCAAAAGAAACUAAAAAAGUACUGUGACUCCAAAGGUAUUAUUCUUGAGGCAUAUUCUCCUCUUGGUUCUCCUGGUCGUCCACAAUUUGUGAUCAAUCCUGAUGAUCCUGUAAUUUUGGAGGAUCACACAAUGAAGCAAAUUGCUGAGAAGCAUGGAGCUACAGUUGGACAAAUUUGCAUAUCUUUUCUGCUUCACUGUGGUCUAAUGGUCAUUCCAAAAUCAACCAGUGAAAAAAGAAUUAAAGAAAACAUUGGAGCUUGCAGUAUCACCCUCUCACCAGAAGAGAUACAGACUUUGGAAGGAAUUGAUAAAAACUUCAGAAUAUUCUCUGUAUUAUUCCUCCUGCCCCAAGGAGCAACUGAGGAGCAAGCUUGGGAUAUAUCAGCAGAUGAAGCUUAUUCUAUCUAAUAACUAUUAGUAUUACUAUUGCAAUUAUUAAAAGGACAACUAGAUAGUGUCACUCUGCUUUAGUAUGAUUUUAGUUAAUAGAC